AUGAUUUCAGAAUUGUGCCCUGUCUAUGCCCCAUUCUUUGGUUCUAUGGGCUGCGUCUGCGCAAUUGUCUUCACUUGCUUCGGCGCUGCCUACGGAACUGCUAAGGCCGGCGUUGGCGUUUGCUCUAUGGCCGUCCUGCGGCCCGACUUGAUCGUCAAGAUUCCAGUUGUGAUGGCUGGUAUUAUCGGGAUUUAUGGUUUAGUCGUCUCCGUUCUUGUCGCAAACGAUUUGAAGCAGGACCUCGCCUUAUACACAGGCUUCAUCCAACUUGGUUCAGGUCUCUCGGUCGGGCUUACCGGCUUAGCAGCUGGUUUCGCUAUUGGAACUGUUGGUGAUGCAGGGGUUCGUGGAACAGCUCAGCAGCCAAGACUGUAUGUCGGCAUGAUUCUGAUACUCAUCUUCGCUGAAGUUCUUGGACUGUACGGUCUAAUCGUCGCCCUUCUCAUGAACUCACGCGCGAAACAAGAUGUCGAGGACUGCACAUAA